GUCUAAUGAAAUGGUUCAACAACCUUGUUUAAGUAGAUUUUUUAGGAGUGAUUCUCUUUUAAUAGUAUAGAUAAUCUCAUAUUUUCAUAAACUCAUGUUACCAAUCAACUUCAUUGUUAAUAUUGUAAUACCAGAGGGAUUUGUUUUAUUUCACUGUCUUUAUUGAAUCAUUGGUCUCCCAACCACUACUGUUUUAAUUUUUAACAAAUUCGAAUCUUCAUACUCUUAUAAUUUCCAUGUCGUAUAUGUAAAAACAGUAUUAAAAUGCCUUGUCACAAACACUUGAAAGUGAACUCGAUCGGGUGACUUUGUUUAUAGAUGUAGUCAGAGGCGUGUUCACCCUUAUAACAAAGAGGCAACCGCCUUAGGCCUCUCAUUUUCAACUGAAAUUUAGGGCCCCAAUUUUAUAAAAUUCAUUAGGUUAUGGACUUAUGAGAAUGAUUAACUUAUGUUUUAUGUAUUUAUGGAGUAACGCAUAAGUCGUUUUAUGUAUAAUUGUAUAACUUUUUUUCUACCAUAAUUUUCAAACCAAAAAAAUAUUCUUAAACUCUUUUCUAAUCAUUUUAUUACCUCCAUUCAUAUUAUAUGUAUUUCAGUUCUUAACUUAUUGUUAUUAAACUCAAUAAUAAUAAUUAUAGUAUAACAUCCAAAUUCUAAUGAAUUUAUAAGUAUGCUCAAACAAAUCUGAAAAUUCAUAAUAAAACAAACAAUGCAUGGUAUGGUGUUUAAUAAACUUUCUUUUUUGGAUCAAAGUUAAUAAACUUUAUGUUCUAGUAUUUAAACAUCUAGAAGAUCAGAAAUAAGCUUAUUCUUGUUUUAAGAUGAAUCUUUACUGCUCCUAAUUCAACUUAAAAAAUAUUUUCUAGAAAAUAUAUAUAAGAAAAGUAUAUUUUUGCCUCAGGCCCCUCAAAGCUUAAGCACGGCACUGGAUGUAGUCAACUCUACACUCUAGACAAAAAGGGCACGCUGAUUUUAUCAGGUAUAGCAUGCUUAGUAAACUACAUAGCAAUGAGCAAUGAAAUUGAACACGUUGCAAAAACUGAUAAAAUUUCAAAUCUUAAUUGUGGUUAUAAUUAUUAGACAUCACGGUUUCACUAAGGAAAUAUUUAUAAAAUAAAUUAUGAAUAUGUUCAAGUACGAAAAUCAACUACACCCCUCCUGGUUAAAAAAGAAAAAAAAACUACGCACAAGUAUUAAAGUGGUUACACCCUUUUUUUUAUUAAAAUGAGAUUAUUUAGAGCGUUUAGACUAAUCAUAUAAAGGAAGUGCAACUCAUGGAUAGAUCAUUUUCCAAAUAUUCAAAUAAAACCCAAAAUAUGUUCUCAUAUCCGUUGUCACACAUAUUAAACAUCGUGAAAUUACUUGAAACCCGGAUUACUUAGCUCUCCGGAAUUCAUGUGCCACUAGACCAUGCAUCCAUGUGUGGUUAGGUGGUUAAGUUGUUAUAUAAACCUCACUAUGAUAUAUUCUUAUAUACUUAAUUUAUUAAUUGGUUUUAUUUUCUACAAGAUCAGCUAACGUUACGUAAUGACACGCCUUCUAUUGUGAUGCAUGCAUGCAUGAUGCAUCCGACAGAAGCAAUAAGAUUCAAACAAAGUUUGAUAUUCACAACAUGACCAUUCACCGUAUGUUCAAAACAAAAUACUCUGACCAUGCACCACAAUACAAGGUUGGGAAAUUACAACAAAAGAAGUUUAAGAAUAUUAUUGCAAAUCCAUCUUGAAUUAAAUACAAAUAUAUUACACUCACCUCACACACAUACGGUUUAAUUAGAAACACAAAUUUAUUUCAGAUACAAAGUUUGCUUCAUAGGUUAUAAAUAUAUAUAUAUAUAUAUAUGAUAGUGAUAAGUGUGUGGCUCUCGAGUGUUGUGGGACGUUAAGUUGUUCUUCCUCCAAAUCGAAUGGACAUAAAAUUGUAGCUUUUCAUGUUAUGAGAAGCUUUUCUUUUAUUACAGACUUUGUAUUCUUGACGCAUUAGUUGGAAAUUUGAAAUCACUUUAAUAGUUUUUCUUUCUACACCACUCAUAACUGGAUAUGAUAUACAACGUGACCAAACAUUUUAAGGAAAAAAAAAAGGAAAAGAGGAAGCAAGUUAUACGGAAGCUAGUUAUAGAUGACUAUAUAUAUUCCAAUAUGCCCAAGUGGAAUUCUAGAUCGAAUGUGAGAGAAGUCGAGAAUCCCACAACACUCCAGAUUAGUUAUAAAUGACUAUAUCCCUUUUUGGCUUUUUCGUAAAUGACUAGUGUAAUGCAGUACAGUACACAUUUCAAAACAGAAACUAUAUGAUAUAUCUAUUGUCUAGUUUUUUUUUUUUUUGUGUGUUUGCGCUUGAAAGUUAUUGAUUCUUGGUAGGGAACAGAAUAAAAUAUGGUUUAGUUAAUCGUUUGAAGUCUUUUUAAAAUUAUGGGAGUUUUGAGUUUUUGUCCCAUAAUCAAAGGGUUAAGGAACUGCACAAGUAUACAAGUAGAGCAUAUAGUAUACGCCACACCCACACGCCGCGUCUACGACUCAUACAAACACAAUUUUACACGAGUCUUCGUCUCCAUCGACAAAUAUGAAAGUGAUUAUCUUUACUUAUUUAAAUUUCUUUAUAUUCUAAAUUUAUAACAAACCUGAGUUCUCUAAUUUUCAUUUACCGAAAGUCACGAUAUAUUUUCCAAAUGUGUUGAACGAUUCUUGGUGAAAUUGGUAAAAAAGCCUUCUCAUAUGUUGAUUAUUUAUCAAGAAAAGUAGCUUGAUGUUAUUAUCUUGAAUCUGCAAGUCCUAACUAAUAGUUAUAUUUAUGACUCUUUCAACAACAAAAAUACACAAUCCGUUUCAAAAUAAUAAAUGUCUAGAAUUUUCACAUUUUUUAAUAAAACACAUUAAAACUUAGUUAUAAUGUAUAGUUUUAUGUAAUUUAUAGUUCCUAUAUUUUAAAACCAAUAUUUUUUUAUAAAAUGCAAUUAAUAUUUUUGAAUUUCGCAAAUUUUUUUUAUUAAUUAACAAAAAUUACAUAAAAAAUAUAAAAAUAUAUUUCUUGAAUCAAUUCUUUUUCUAAAAUAUACAUCUUUUUGAAACUGAAGGAGUAUAAACGAAAGCUAUCGAGCGUGAUAAUUUUUCAAAAUCUUAUACUAAGAAAUUUCAUAAUAUUAACAAAGUCUAUGUUAAAUAUUAUAAAAUGAUAAUGUAUGUGGAAAGUAUAAAGCGAUACAUAAGAACAUUUUAAUUGUUAUUAGAGUACAAGCCCAAUCGGUUGAUACUCCAUCCACUGCAAACUUAAACCACUUUGUGACAAUAUAUCAAAAUUAGAAACUUUUUUUGCACAAAAGAAUUUGACUGUGCCUCGAUUUUAUCAAAAAGAAACAAUAACACGACCAUAACAAAUGUGAAUAUAUCCUAGUCCCUAGAAUACGACAUUUCAAACAAUUGGUACCAUAGUCUUGGCUUAUUCUAUACGACAAGUACAUACUGUAUAUGCUAAGAAAUCUCGAGCUAGACAGCUAGUGUGUGAAAGAAAAAGAGGCAUUUCAUUGGAAAUGCGUGCCCAUUAGUUACUAAAUUAUGAUUAAUUUUAUUUGAAAUGAAUUGAAGGUAAGAAAUAUACGAGUACUUUCCUUCCUUACAUUUGUUUCAUAGCUGUUUGAACACGCUUUAUUUAACAGUCGCAUUUCUCAUGCAGCUGGAAUCGGUGGGACAUUUUCACACCGUUUGUUAUAUACUAGUAGUAGUCUAGUACUCUUCAGAAAAUACUUUUUUCCUUAAAUGAAAUAGAAAUAUAUAAAGUUAUCAUGUUGCCGACAAAAAAAAGGUCAUAAUCACGGAAGUAAAUUAAUAUUUGGUUACUUUAAUUAACGUGUCUGUGACUGAGUGGGGUCACUACUUACCGACGUGGCAAGGGCCGUAACGCUAUAUCGCCCUUAUUUAGCAGAUCUGUCUUAACAUUUUUCCUUGCGGCAAUCCCAGAAUUACGCUGUGUUUUACUCUUUUCUAGGACAUUCGAGUUCGGAUCGGAUCUCGUCGGAUCCAGAUCCUUCUAGUCUUAGAUAUUAAUUAGACCCAUUUAAAUAAUUAGAAUUUGUCGAUUUCGGUUUGAUUCGGAUCAUUCGGAUUUCGAUCAGUUAGGAUCUUAAAUAGUUAGAUCCAAUAGAAUAAUUAUAAUUUAUCGGUUCAGUUCGAUUUGGAUCCUACCGAGUAUUGCCCAUAAAUACUUAAAACACACAAAAAUACUUAAAAAUAUCAGAAAUUUAAAAAACAUAAAAAAAUACUUAAAAUUUGAUCCGAUAUCCAAAAUUAGAUUUUAAAAAAUCUAAAAUUUUACUCUAAACUCAUAAUUAUACCCGAAAAUCAAAACCUAAAACUUAAAAAAUAUCCAUAACACCAAAAAUAUAUUGAACUAUCGAUAAAUACCUAAUAUAUACUAGAAAUUUCAGAUAUUUCAGAUACCUAUUUGAUUUCGGAUUCAGGUCGAGUAUAUUUCAAGAUCCGCAGAUCCUCCACAACAAGACCUAUGGAGUAAAACGGUAUUACCCGUAUCCGAUCCAGACCGAUUUUUGGGUCGGUUCCAGUUCGGGUUUUUGAGUCUGGAUAAAUGCCAAAUUAAUAAGUGUUUUAUAAAAAUAUUGGUUUUAAUAUUUUUAUAAGUAAAAAAUAAAAUAGUAAUUGAAUAUAUUAAAUUGCUAUUAGCUUAUAGUUACUUAAAAUUAGUGUAACUACAAAGAUAUAGAUAUAUAAUCAGAUUAUAAUUUCUUUUUAACAUGUGUAAAAGUAUUAAUUAUUAAAAAAAGUGUCACUUUUUACUACAGAAUACUUAUAAUUAUAAUAUAUAAUCCAGUAAAUCAUCUUAUCAAUUUUGUUAUCUUAUCGUUAUUUUGAAGUUUUAGUCGAUGACAUUCAAGUCAAUACUAACAAUUAUUUAUGUUUGUAGGGUAAAAAGAAAAUGAAAAAUUGCAAGUAAAUCAGCAGAAAAACAAAAGUUAAUUUACAAAAAAAAAACAAUCAAUUCCUAAGUGAAGACUACUAACUCACCAAAUAUAUAAAAUCUUAGUUUAUAGUAUAUUAAACCUAAUAUAAAUAUUCGUAAAUUAAAUAGAACAAAUUCUUUUUGUACGUACGAAAAUUUUAUUUUUAUUGUAAUUUGAUUUUUUUUUAUAAAGAAAGAAACACUUAUAACCUAAAAAGUCUUCUCUUUUUGCCACUCAAUUUUGUUUUAAGUCGAUAUCCUCAUUUACUUAUAAUACAGGAAAUAGACGAGAAGAAUCGUGGCUUCUUCUUGCCGAACUUCCCAAUCACCUUCGUCGACCACGUUGUAUUUAAAGAUCAUUAAUGAUACUGUGUCCUCUAUAUAAACAACGGCACGUUACUUCUGGCUAAAUGAUUAUUUCAAUAAUACAUACAUAGACAUAUGUACAUACUAACACAAAAACAACAUAUGAUAUAUAUACGUAGAACUGAUCAUCCUCGUUUGUAUACAACAAUGACAAAGACAGUUGAGAUUGACAUAAGAUCCGCAGAAGGUCUUAAGUUAAACCGGAGACUCUUAAAGAAAAAGACUUUCGCCGUUGCAAGAAUAGGUGAGAAGUCUCGACCGUCGCAUCUUGACGUAUCGGGAGGAAGCAGUCCAACGUGGAACUGCAAGUUGGAGAUGCCCAUGAGCGGGACUGAACAGUUCAUCUACAUCGAGGUGUUGUUUCGAACAAGUUCUGGACGCGAGAAGAAGAUAGGAGAAGCUAAGAUCCCAACGUCAGACUUCAUGGGAAGGUAUUCACCUGAAGGACAUUUGAAUUUCUUGAGCUAUAGGUUAAGAGAUGAAUAUGGGGAUAAGUGUGGAAUCGUGAAUGUUUCAAUCAUGGUUAAACCUUAUUCCACAGAUGAGUUCAAAUCUUCUUCCACGGCGAUGAAAGAUUAUGGAGCUUGUUCGUCGCAAGCAGCGGAGACGGGUCUGUGGAGACCAAGAUCGGAGCCUCCGGCUAUUGAUGGCUAUGGUGGUCGGAUUGUUACAGGAGUUCCUGUUUGGUGUGUGCUUCAACGGCCAACGUAAAUUUGGUGGUGUUUGGCUGCUGUGCUGCACAAAGACUUGUGAUUAAUAUUUUUUUUCUUUGUUACUAUACAAAAAAAAAACUUAUUUGAUGUCUGGAAACAAAAAUGAUUACAAGGAAGUCAAACUCUAUACGUGCUCCUCGUGUGUGUUAGCCGAAAAGUUAGAAACACUUACAGAGUUUUAAAUAAUAAUAAAAACAGCUGCUAAAAAUAAUAAUAAUAAUAAAAACGUUUCCCGCGGUGAUUCGUGGCGUGUGUAAUUAAAAAAUCAAAUAAAUAGUAUGUUUUAAACAUAAGGCUUUCUGAUAGUAUAUAAAUUAAUUCGAGUAUUUUACUACUAGUGACAGUUUUAAAAAGAUGUUACAAUUUCUUAAGCAUUUGAGAAUGUUAUCUCCAUUGCCAGGCAUAGUUUAUGAUAAUAUUUAUAGAAUUAAUUGGAUGUAUUGAUGAAUACAAUUUUUUUUUUUUUAUGAAUGCUUUACAAAUUGAUAAUUAGUCUCUUUUUUUUUGCUUUUUGCAAAAUCCACUUGGACAUAUAGUCAU